AUGUAUUUUACCUUUGUUCCACAAAAAUUAUCUAGACAAGCAAAUUUGUUUUAUAGGAAAUAUUAAUUUUAAAAUGACAAUUCAUUAUUACCAUUUUAGUAUGAAAAUUACAUAUGCUUAGAUCUAUAGAUGAGAAAGAAUUAAUCGUUCGAUAAAGUGUAGACUAUAGAGAUUUAACAGAACUUGGAAGAGAUACAGAUAAAAAUUAUGCUAUUGUUUAUCUUAGAAGAAGUCAAUUUUCAGAAUUUAUUUAUAGAAGAUAUGUAAAGAUAGAUGAGUUAUUGUCGUUCUUGGGAGGAUUCUUAUAAAUUAUGAUUACAAGUUUUGGAAUAAUUAUUAUGUAUUACAAUAAAUUAUCAUGUAAAAUCUUUGUUAUUAUAUUUAGUAUAAAUUGAAUUAUCAAAUAAAUUGUAUAACUUUCCUGGAUAAGUAUUAGGUAAAUCUAAAAUAAAAAACAAUAAAGUUUAAUAAACCUUAGAAGGUUCGAUGAUUAAUGAUUCGAAAAUUAUUGUUAACUCUGAAUAAGGAGCUUCCAAAGCCACUUUAAUAUUUGAUAAAGAGGAUUUUUCAUUUCAAAAAUCCAUUUUAAAAUUAUUUGAACAAUCUUAAAGUUUAAAAUUAUCUUUAAAAUCUUUAAUCUUUUAAGUUAUUUUUUAAUAAUGAAGAGACUCUACUUUUUUAAAAAGCUAUGUAUCAAUGAUAUAAUAAAAAUAGGGAUACCUUAGAUUAAAAUUUGGAUAUACAAGAGAUUUUAUAUUAAUUACAAGAAAUAUCUAAAUUAAAAUUAUUGAUGCUAACUAAGAAUCAAAUUAAAUUACUUAAUUUUACUCCAAAACCAAAUUUAACAUUAGAAGACGAAGAACAGCUACCGAAUCGAUUAUUAAUUGAAUAAAAAUUAUCUUAGUAAGAGAUAUAGAUUGUUAAUAAAGAAGAAAUAAUAAAUGAACUUUAUAAUGUAUUUUUCUAAUCUAUGUAAGGCUUGGCUAGAAAUAAAAUCAGAUAACAGUUAAAAUUUUUGUAAUUAAGAGCUAAAUAGGAGACUCAAUCAAGUAUUAGGCAAAGAAUUUCAAUAAAUAUUUUUGGAAUAUGAAAAAAUAUCUAAUAAUUAGAUUUAGAAUGCAUACGAGAAACCGAUUUAACCUUAAGUAUUAUUAUAAACUUUAAAUUGA